CGACGCUCUGUCCCAAUAUUUAAUUACUUCACUUCCACAUCCAACGGUUUGUAUGCUUUGCGCAAGGUUUAAUAGCCGGAGCAACUCUCUGCCCAAGGUCCUCUGUGUCUGCCGUUGUUUGUCCUCGCUUCGUCAAGCUUCAACGCCGCCUGCAACCAUGCCGUCGCAGAAGACCUUCUUGAUCAAGAAGAAGCUGGGGAAGAAGAUGAAGCAGAACCGCCCCAUUCCUCACUGGAUCCGCAUGCGUACCGAUAACACCAUCCGAUACAAUGCGAAACGGAGGCACUGGCGCCGAACCAAGCUCGGCUUGUAGGGUGGAUUAGGGUUGGAGUUUUGGCUACCCUUUCGAACGAGGAUGCGGCGUUGGUGCAUUUGUUCGUAUUCGUGCUGCGGAGUUCGUAUUGGUUUCAGACUCUUGCUAUUUGGGCAUAUUGUUCUCUUCUCUGAAGAGUCGAGAAUGCAGGAUAAAGUAAUCCUUUUGAGCUUCUCACUGGCUUUGUCAGUGUUAAUCUAACUUGAAAAGGUUAUUUGAAGAUUUGUA